GGUCUUCGUGGUGGAUUUAAGUAUCUAGUGACCACUCUUAAUGCCAAAUUGACUUUUGUCCGCUUUACUAUACUCCAUAAUUUAUCGCUUGGUUAUGAAUUUCUUCAUCAUAACUAUGUUCGCUCAUUACUUGAUUAUAUGCCUAGUUUGGUUGACUCUCCGACUCUUCGACUAAUUAUUGUAGUUGAUAUUUUGGCUAUAAUGAUAAUAAUUCCUGAAUAA